AGGUAUACCGGUGCUGUAGAUAUCUGGUCAGUCGGAUGUAUUUUUGCAGAAUUACUUGCCAGGCGGAUACUGUUCCAAGCACAGGGCCCGAUUGAUCAGUUGGACCUCAUUAUCGAUCUUCUUGGUACACCAACACCUGAAGAGAUGAAAUACGCAUGUGAAGGAGCUAGGAAUCAUGUGCUAAGGGCACCAUUCCGCGUGAAUACAUUCCAUCGUAUGCGACAACUUAGCCAGCACACCACCGACGAUGCCGUCCAAUUGCUUGCCAUGAUGCUCCAAUUUGAUCCGGAUAAGCGUGCUACCGUAGAACAAUCAUUGAAGCACAGUUAUUUGGAUGAAGGACGUAUGCGUUUCCAUUCAUGUAUGUGCUCAUGUUGUUACACAAACAAUCCCGGUAACACCCGCAUAUUCAGUACGGAUCCUGACCCGAUGCAUGAAAUGCCUUUCGAUCCCAAAUGGGAAAAGGAAUUAUCCCGGUUAUCAAUGUUCGAUUUACGGGAUCGUAUGUAUAAGUUCGUCACGGAGCGUACACCACUUUUUGGUACACCAUUGUGUAUUAAUCCAAGUUCAGCAGCCUACAAGAACUUUGCAAGUUCAUCCGUGGCUCAAGCGUCCGAACUACCGCCAUCGCCUAACGCCUGGGACUGA